AUGCCGCCGAAGAAGGGCAAGAAGGCGGAGGCAGCGGCGGCCAAGAAGGCCCGUCUGGAGGACAAGGAGAAGGUUCAGGUCCGAGAGGCGAUCGCCUUGCAGCAGAGGCAGGGCCAGGCUCAGAUUCUGAGCGAGCUCAUGGGCUACUUCGAGUCCCACCCGAGCGAAGCCAGCUUUAUGCUGGCUAACAUCAAGGCCGGGCACAUGGACUUCAACAACGAGCCCGAGCCGUCCGAGACCAAGCUGCCGGGCCACAUGAACAAGGUGAAGCUGUUGAGCAAGGAGGUCAGUCUGGGCAUACUGUCCGAGCUCAACAGCGGCCUGUCCGAGUGGCUGAGCACGACAACGGUGCAGCCGGCGCCCGAGGACGGCGGGAGGCAGAAGUCCUUGUCGAGGCUGGAUGUGGCCAGCGUGCUGGGUUACCUCUGUGGGAUGGACCCUGCGAGUGCUCUGCCGUGCAAGAGCCUUGGGCGACUGACGAGGAAGCUCAAGGAGCGGUACGAGUUACUCGGCGCCCGAGGGUCCACCUUCCGAGUGUCCGAGCAGAAGACGUUGAAGGACUGGAGCGGUACAAGUUGUGUGAAACUGGGAACACAGGACUUCUGGGCGGAGCACAGCUACUGGAGCCUCGAGAAGAUCGCGGAUGGGCAGUUCAACCUCGUCGACAACACCUUGGUCACAUCCGCCGCCCGAGCCAAGACCAAGGUCAAGCUUCCGGCCGAGCUCUGUGCAGGAGGUGACCCCGUCUUGGCCGAUCCCUUCCUGUGGGCCAAAUGCACAAUCAAGCGGGGAGUGUGCGUCCGAGCUGUGGGCCAGCUGCUGGAGGAGAUGAAGAUUCAAGACCGCUUCGCGGUGAGUCGGCCCCUCGUGCUGAAGGAGUGUGACGGCGGCCCCGAGACUCCUACCAAGAAGAAGAUCACCACUCCAAACGAGGCGUCCGAGAAAAGCCAGCAGCCGGGUCCCACAGCGAACAAGACGCCCCAGUCUCGGAAGAGAAAGCGGCUUCAAACUUCCGAGUCCCCAGGCUCACCCAAGACGCCUCGGAGGCGGCUGUUCUCGCCCGGAAGCAACGGUGCCGGGCCCGGGCCGAAGGCAAAGUCGCGUCCGAGCACUCCCAAGUCCUCCAACAAGGGCGAGACCGACGAGGCAGAUGAGGAGCUCCCCGAACUCGAGGGGAACGAGGGCGAGCCUCCCGAGAACGGCGACGGCACUUUUCAAAUGUGA